AUGGAGAACUCAACGCAAGUUGAGUUCUUUUAUCUAUGUGGCUUACAAGAGACAUUUAACAACAAAUCAGUCUAUUUUACCUUGUCUCUUAUCACAUACCUUCUCAUCAUCACUGGGAAUCUGACUCUGAUCAUAACAAUCAUUCAGGAGAAAGGCCUCCAUGAGCCCAUGUACAUCUUUCUGUGUAGUCUAUGUGUCAAUGGAUUGUACGGAACCACUGGUUUCUACCCCAAGUUCUUAUUGGACCUUCAGUCAGAUGUUCAGGUGAUAUCUUAUGGUGGAUGUUUGACUCAGGCCUAUGUAAUAUACACAUCUAUCAUGUGUGAAGUUUCAAUUCUAACAGUGAUGUCUUACGACAGGUAUGUGGCAAUAUCCAGACCAUUACUAUACCAUACCAUUGUGACAUCUUUAACUGUUAGAAAGUUACUCUUAUUAUCUUGGUGUUAUCCUUUAUUUAUAGCACUCAUAACAGUUAUUUUAACCAUCAGAGUUCCUUUGUGUGGAUCUCGCAUUGAUAAAAUAUUCUGUGACAAUCCGUCUAUAUUGAAGCAUUCAUGUUCACCCAUAACCAUCAAUCAUAUUUUGAGCUAUUGUAUAAUAGUGCUUCAUGUUUUACAGAUACUUUUCAUUGCCUUUUCUUACUGUCAGAUUGUAAGGACUUGUGUAAAAUCAGCUGAGGGAAGGAUUAAGUUCACACAGACAUGUGUGCCACAUUUAUUGACAAUGGUUAUUUUCAUCACAGUGACCCUGUUUGACAUUUUGCAAGGGUGGAAUAGUGAUGUUAAUAUUACACUAAAUAUGCGUAAUGCAAUGGGUGUACAAUUCCUUGUUAUACCGCCUGUCUUAAACCCUGUCAUAUAUGGACUUAAUCUCCAGCAAAUUCGACGUACAGUUUUUAAAAUGUGUAAUACACAUAAAAUCAUUGAUAUGACACAUUAG